UAGUUGUGGCUCGCAGGCUCUAGAGCGCAGGCUCAGUAGUUGUGGCACACGGGCUUAGUUGCUCCGCAGCAUGUAGGAUCUUCCCAGACCAGGGCUCGAACCCGUGUCACCCGCCCUGGCAGGCAGAUUCUUAACCUCUGCGCCACCAGGGAAGCCCCAAGAUUUUGAUUCUAACAUAGACAGUGGGGGAUAUCAAGGAUCAGAGUCUUCCAAUACAGGCUGAAACCAAUCUUGACACAAAUGAUGUUUGUAUUCAGAGGCAAAAGUAAGUUCUCGUGGGUAUUGAAGAAGCAAGCGCUAGUCUCAGAGCAUCUAUACACAGAUACACUCUCUAGGAAGAGUUUCAGGUUAGCGGGACCAUGCAUGAGAUUUACAACCAGAGGGCACAUCAGUCAUUCUCCUCUGUCCCCCUGGGUGAAGAUAGAAACUCCAAGCCCUCUGCACACACCUGUAAGGGGAGCCCACUGGGUGCGUCAUUGGUGCUGAAUCUUCCUCCUCACUCAUUAACUGCAUUUCACCGUCCUCCUCUGACCUGGCUGGAGAGGCCCAACCACAGAAGAUACAAAGGAAAUUCUCCUCUUUCUACAUGACACAGGAUGCUUGCCUAGAACUGUCCUUAAUAGGCAACAAUACCUCUUCAUGUCUUUGAUGGUGUGUCCUGGAAAAUGGACUCACCCCCAAUAGCACCACAAAUGAAAAACCAGAGACUGCCCCCUUUUUCUUGGAGCUUCUCUACCUCAAAAGAGUAAAGAAUUUAACUCCUUGAAGUGACGGCCUGGGAACUCCAGCCCUGAAGAUUCCUAACUGCUCUGUGCUCUAACCCAAAGAGAUAAGAAAAACAGAUCAUAGUAUUUUUCAUUCCUCCUUUUCAGAGAGUAAACUAGGCUAAGAGAGACAGGUGGCCUGUCCAAGACACACAACCAGUGAACAGCGGAGAUGAGACUUGGACCCACCUCUUCCGACUCUACUCCGGGGUCUCUCCACUAUUCCAGUCUAGACCUUGGGAGACUAAGUCCUUGGAGAAUUCAUCCAAAGGGAAGCAGGAACUUGCCCUUUCCCAGGUCCUACAGGCCUGAUUGAGCUAUGUGAAACCCAGUAAAAAGUUAAAAAUUUAUUAAUAUUUGUUAUUUGCUUUAAAGAAAAUGUGUCUAAAACUCCUAUGUAUGGAAUCCUUGUGAUGGACUGAAUUGUGUGCACUCAAAACAUAUAUGUUGGGACUUCCCUGGUGGCACAGUGGAUAAGACUCGUGCUCGCAAUGCAGGGGGCCUAGGUUCAAUCCCUGUUCAGGGAACUAGGUCCCACAUGCAUGACGUAACUAAGAGUUCUCAUGCCGCAACUAAGGAGCCGCAUGCUGCAACUAAGGAGCUGGUGAGCUGCAACUAAGGAGCCUGCCUGCCACAACUAAGACCCCAUGCAACCAAAUAAAUAAAUAUUUAAAAAAUUUAAACUAUAUAUAUAUAUUGAAGCCCUAGCCCCCAAAGUGACUGUAAGGUUAUAUAUCCAAAUGGAAGAAUUAAAUAUCACUGGGCCAUAACAACUUUGCUGAAGACAAAAAAAUCAGGAGACCUGGUUCUGGCCCUAAAUGCACGGGGAUCUAAGGGUGAGAUAAGAAAGCCUCCACAAGGGCCUUCCAGUUGUAAAGUUCUGGUGUUCUAGAAGGGCUUAGGAAAGAGACCAAUGGAAGGUUUUGAAACAUGCUAAACACACUCCUUUUCCUUGCUGACACUGCUCCAUAAGAAUGACAUUCUUGAAGGACCGGGGAAGCGUGAUAUCACAAGGAGGCAUCUGACAGUGACAAAGGAGUCCUCGAGGUUAUUAGUGCGGCACGGAAACAGCCUUUAACAAGAAGAUGAAAGAGCGCUUUAGCAAGAAGAAUGACAGCUGCACAAUGCUGAACUGCGGGCAAAUUCUUGAUCAGUUGUCCUUGGGACUAUACACACGGACAGUAGCACAGCACAGGGGCACGCAGUACAUGUGGGAUGCCUACUUAUGCUGCAGUGCAGAGUUUCACACAGAUUCACCCACUUCAUCUUCACAGAGAUUCUGCAAUGUAGAUAAUGUUUUUUCAGUGCAGAAACGCGUUGAGGGGGGUUAAGAAAUAACUUGCCCAAGGUCACACAGCUAGUAGGUGAAGGCGUCUGGCCCAACGCAUGCCUCUCAGGUCCCGAAAGGAGCCCACCGCCCACCCAGCACGUGUUUCCCUGCGUGGAACUGAACUGAGAAAUGAGAGCGCGGCUAACGGGCCUAUACCCUCGCGGUCCUGCGCUGGCUCAGGGGCACCCUUCGCGGGGCGAGUCCUCCCGUCCUGGAGGUUCCCGGAGAGGAGGAGGCGCUGGCUGACGGGGCAGCUCGCCCAGCCUCCGGGCAGGGAGAGGGAGGGAGUGCAGGCGCGGGAGCGGGAUGGAGACCAGCAGCCCGCGGCCCCCGGGACCCAGCCCCGGCCCCGCGCUCGGCCCGGACGCCCGGCUGGGCGUGGACACGCGCCUCUGGGCCGAGGCGCUCUUCCCCGCGCUCUACUCGCUCAUCUUCGCGCUGGGCACGGCGGGCAAUGCGCUGUCCGUGCACGUGGUGCUGAAGGCGCGGGCCGGGCCCCCCGGGCGCCUGCGCUGCCACGUGCUCAGCCUGGCGCUCCCCGCCCUGCUGUUGCUGGUUGGCGUGCCCAUGGAGCUCUACCACUUCGUGUGGUUCCACUACCCCUGGGUCUUCGGCGACCUGGGCUGCCGCGCCUACUAUUUCGUGCGCGAGCUGUGCGCCUACGCCACGGUGCUCAGCGUGGCCAGCCUGAGCGCCGAGCGCUGCCUGGCCGUCUGCCAGCCCCUGCGCGCCCGGAGCCUGUUGACACCGCGCAGGACCCGCCGCCUGCUGUCCCUCGUCUGGGCCGCCUCGCUCGGCCUGGCCCUGCCCAUGGCAAUCGUCACGGGGCAGAAGCGUGAGCUGGAGACGGCCGGCGGGCAGCCGGAGCCCGCCUCGCGCGUGGGCACCGUGCUGGUGAGCCGCACCACGCUGCAGGCCUUCAUCCGGGUGAACGUGCUGGUGUCCUCUGUGCUCCCCUUGGCAUUAACUGCCUUCCUCAGCGGGGUCACCGUGAGCCACCUGGAGGCCCUCCGCUCCCAGGGGCCGUCCCCUUCUGCCACAGGCAGCUCUGCCCCCAGCCACCUGAAGCUAAUGAGCGAGGAGAGGAGGACACUGGCCCCGGGAGGCCAGGCCGCCCUGGUGAGACACAUGGACUCCCGCCGGAUCCGUGGCCUCCAGCGCAGCAUCCAAGUUCUCAGAGCCAUCGUGGCUGUGUAUGUCGUCUGCUGGAUGCCGUACCAUGCCCGCAGGCUCACGUACUGCUACGUCCCUGACAACAGGUGGACCGACAAGCUCUACGAUUUCUAUCACCACUUCUACAUGGUGACAAACACGCUCUUCUACGUCAGCUCGGCGCUGACCCCUGUGCUGUACAAUGCUGUGUCCUCCUCCUUCUGAAGACUCUUCCUGGAAGCCCUCAGCUCCCCGUGUCGAGAGCACCAACUCAUGGAGCCACUCCCGCCGGGGCCCCGGAGCCCCGCCCUAGUGGAUACAGCAUCCGGCUCUGGGGGUCCCCCAGGAAUCCUGGCCUGGAUGAAAUCGAAGAAUGAGCAGGGUGACACUGACUGCACAGACAUCUAGCAUUCAGAUGAGCGAUUUCAUCACUAAUAACUCAAGCCACGCAGUCAGGCGGACCUACAGGGACCCCCAGCUCUGCCACUUACCAGCUGUGUACCUGCAGGCAAGUCACUUACACCUCUUAGCCUCAGUCUCCUCAUCUGUAUGAUGGAGAUGAAUAAUACCCAUCUUUCCUGUUGUCUGAAGAUUAAACGCUUAGCACAGUGCCUGGUGCAUAAUAAAGAAUAUAUUUUCGCUGGCAUUAUCUUUGUUGCUAUUCCUAUUAUUAUUAUUGUUAUUGCUGUUUUUCUGCUCUCCUGAAUUUCCGCAAGUGACAAAUCAACAGUGCCCAGAGCUGACUGCCUUGUUAGAUCACAUGAGCUGUAGUAAAAUCGUCCAGUCGCUCCAAGUAAGGGAGCAGCCGUUCACCCCAGCAAGAGCGUUCUGUGGGCUCUAGAGAGCCUGGAGUCACCAGCUGCCCUCUCUGGCCUCGGACCUGUGUGUCUGCCUGAAGUGAGGCGGCCGGUGCAGCCGUGGGAUGACGGCAGGGCUGCCUGCUCUGGAGAACAGCCCCACAGACGUGCUCGGGCCAGCAGUUUGGAAAGGUUGCAUUUCCAUUCUUUUCGUCAGAGCAGGCUCCCUCCAUUUCCCCGCAGGCCUCAGCCCCUCUCCUGCCUGCACAGGGCCAAGUCCUGCCUGACGCGGCCAGCCUUGCUCCUGAAGGCCUGUGAGGCCUGAGCCCAGAGAGAAAGGGUGGUUUUCCUGGCUGUUGCCAUUGAAGCCACAGA